UUCUCUAUAUAGAUCAACCUAAUUAAGCAACAAAGGGUUCUUCUCAGGGCUAUGUUGAAUAUACUUUAGAAGAAAACACAAAUUUAAGAUCAAGAAAUGGCUCCUAGACAUAACAUGCUGUCAAAAAUUCAGUUCUUCGAACAAGGAAUGGCCGAAAGUCUGAGCAAUCUUGAUCUGAGCUUAUCAGCCAUGGCUUAUUAUCCAUAUCCAUAUAUGCCAAUACUGGAAGAAAAUGAUUCUACUAUGAUUUUACCUUUCUGCGACGAAAUCCAGAAUCAUAAGAGACAUAAACGUGUCAUGAGCAUGGCCGAAUCAAUAUCAAGCAACAGCAACAGCAGUUUUUAUAGCCGUGGGAGCAGUGGUGGCAGCAAUGGCAGCAGCAACAUGAGCAUCAGCAGCUGCAACAUGUGCCGCAGCAAUAGCACAAGCAGUUUGAAUAGUUUGCCACGGCUUCAGUUCCGAGAUCAUAUAUGGACUUAUACUCAAAGGUAUCUGGCGGCCGAAGCCGUGGAAGAGGCUGCGGCCGCCAUGAUCAAUAGAGAAGAAUCCGGUACAGAAGACAGGGGUGGUACUGAUGGUAUGAGGCUUGUCCAGCUCCUCAUUGCUUGUGCUGAAGCAGUGGCUUGCCGAGACAAGUCUCAUGCUUCUCUUCUGCUAUCUGAGCUGAGGUCUAAUGCUUUGGUGUUUGGCUCGUCGUUCCAACGUGUAGCUUCGUGCUUCGUUCAAGGCUUAGCUGAUCGUUUAGCUAUGGUUAACCCGCUCGGAGCUGUUGGUUUUGUAUCACCUGCAAUGAAUUUAAUGGAUGUUGGUUCGGCGAAGAAAGAAGAGGCUUUGCGCCUCGUGUAUGAAAUUUGUCCACAUAUUAAGUUUGGUCAUUUUGUGGCCAAUUCAGCAAUAUUGGAAGCCUUUGAGGGAGAGAGUUAUGUUCAUGUGGUGGACUUGGGUAUGACACUUGCUUUACCACUUGGACAUCAAUGGCGUGAGCUUUUACAAAGCCUCGCCAACCGUUCCGGUUCAGGUGGCCAACAACAACCACCUCGCCGGAUUCGGAUUACAGCUGUUGGACUCUGUGUUGACAGGUUCCGAAUCAUUGGAGAUGAGCUUGAAGCUUAUGCAAACAGUUUGGGAAUGAAUUUGGAAUUCUCUGUGGUGGAAAGCAACUUGGAAAACCUCCAGCCGAAAGAUAUCAAACGGUUUGAAGGUGAAGUUUUGGUUGUCAACAGCAUUCUUCAGCUGCAUUGUGUGGUGAAAGAGAGUAGAGGAGCUUUGAACUCUGUUCUUCAAAUGGUUCAUGAACUUUCACCAAAAGUCUUGGUUCUUGUGGAACAAGAUUCAAGCCAUAAUGGACCUUUUUUCCUUGGGAGGUUCAUGGAAGCCUUGCAUUAUUACUCUGCAAUAUUUGAUUCUUUGGAUGCAAUGCUUCCUAAAUAUGAUACAAGGAGAGCCAAAAUAGAGCAGUUUUACUUUGCUGAGGAGAUAAAGAAUAUCAUUAGCUGUGAAGGACCAGCAAGGGUGGAGAGGCAUGAGAGGGUGGACCAAUGGAGGAGAAGGAUGAGCAGGGCAGGUUUUCAAGGUUCACCAAUCAAGAUGAUAGCUGAAGCCAAACAAUGGCUUGAAAAUAUCAAGGCCUGUGAGGGUUUCACAAUUGUUGAAGAGAAAGGAUGUUUGGUUCUUGGUUGGAAAUCAAAGCCCAUUAUAGCUGCUUCUUGCUGGAAAUGCUAGAGUUCUUCUUGUUGACCCAAUUCAGAUUUUAUGCAGCAGGUCCCAAUAAAAUAAUCUGAAUACUUUUCCUGGUGAAGAGAAAUGGGUUUGCCUUUGUGUGUUAAAAAUGUCGUGUUUAUUGGCUUCUGAUUUGUGAUUAAGGUGGUAUGCCCCAAAAUUAGCGAGCACAAAGUCUUUUUUAAGUUUGGAGUGAGAAAUAAGUGGCUUUGAAUAUGCUAUGCUA